CUCUCCCGCACUCCUCCCAUCUCUUUCCGGUCAACUUCUUUCUUCAUGAUAUGCCAUUCCCGUCAUAAUUGACCCUCCUCCAUGGACGAGGGUUCUGAUUCGAAGGCCCCUCGACGGAAGAGGGUGUCAAGAGCCUGUGACAGAUGUCGAAGCAAAAAGGACAAGUGCGACGGGCUUCGUCCUGCCUGUUCCGCCUGUCAGGCCUCUGGCCAGACUUGCUCCUAUGAUCCCCACGCGAAAAAGCGUGGGCUACCGGAGGGAUAUGUCCGUGGUCUAGAAAAGCUCUGGGCCUUAUCGAUCUGCAAUAUCGAUGGCUUCGAGGACACAAUGCUAACACUGCUUGGUACCACCGCCGAGUCGGCUAGUCGGAGAACAAAGCUCAUGUCUCUGUGGACCGAUGAUGGCGCAUCCGAGACCCUGCAUGAGUCUUGGAAAACCAGUCGCCUGUAUGGCGCGCUUGAGAAGAUGCUGUCUAACACCGAGCCCUCGAUAGACAGCUCUGGCAAACGUCCUCGAGAGGACCAAGAUGACAUCCUGGGGGGUGAAUGGGGAUUUCGCGUAGACCGUGGCUCGACACCUCUUCCACCUAAUGCCCCACGUGUCGUCGAGCCUUCGCUUUCUCCUCGCUCUAAAAAGCCUCGAUUGUCUAUGCCGACGGAUAAUCGAGCACCAUCCCUUACGGUAAACGCUACAAAUGCGCUGCAGUUGCCGCCUCAGACUUCCCAGUUGUUGGAUGUCUAUUUCGCCGUCACUCAUUCUUGGUUCCCAAUCGUCGCCAAGCACAAUAUCCUUCGCGCAUCAUAUCUAUACGCAAGCGCGCCUUUGUCUGUUGCGAAGAUGGCACCCGGUUCUGGUGAUCAUGCUGCCCUCUGGGCCCUUCUUAGUUACACUAUUUCUCAAUCCCGAAUUAACCCGCAGGACGGGCCGUCGGAGGCGCUUUCCAGGACCAAAGAAUAUUAUUCGGUAUCUCGGAGCUUGAUUCCUUCGGAGACAGAGCGCUAUGAGCUUGGGCAUGUGCAGGCACUGUUGCUGCUGACGUUGGUGAACGUCGGUCUGGAGGAUUGGACCGCUGCUUGGCUGCUGAGUGGGCAAGCAGUACGCAUGGCGAUCUCCAUGGAUCUAGGCGCAUUCACGGACGUCCGACGAUCUGAUGAACUGAGACAGGGGAAGGCUGUUUUCCUUGGGUGCUUCGUGGUCGACUCGUUACUAUCUUUCCGUUUGUCAAGAAGGCCGUGCAUGCAUCCUCGUGAUCUGACCAUGGUGGGCCUGUUGGAAGAGGAUGGCUUAGAGGAAUGGAAUUCCUGGGCGGACGUUUUGCCACCUACGGGGGCCGGGCAGGGAAAGAGUCCUCCUCGUCGAGGUCCUCUGCUCGCUCUCAGCUGCUUCAACAGACUAGUUGAAUUAGCCGGUGUACUGAAUAAGAUCGCCCGAGACUCCACGGCAGGACCGAACGCCCCUUUGUUCGCACAACAACUAGUCAUGGAGCUUAAGCAAUGGGACGAUCGCCUGCCACUCGGAUGUCGCCUGAUUGGCCCCGAAAGCAUUUAUCCCGAACGACACUCGGCAUUACUUCCCCAUCAGAGCUACCUUGGUCUGACUUAUGUGGCCACGCUCUUGUGGCUUUACCUUCGCAUUGCCCCUCAAGAACUUGGCCUGCAUCGUUCUCAACGGCCAGCCAUUGAAGGGGCAAAGAAGCUCCUCUACAGAGCCCUUCCAAUAGUGUCUCAACACUUGGACAACUUUCAGGUCUGCGGUUUGCCGCCUAUAUUCGAACUCUCCUUACGUACCAUAACCGAGCAGGCAUUCACUCUACGCAAUAAAAUCGAAUCGGACAUGUUCCCCUUUGCACGGUGGACCGAAGCACUUCUUCAAAGAACGGCAGAACUGAGUACAACCUGGCCAGUCUAUCGUUCAUUGGCCGCUUUGAUCGACCAUUGGUACCGCUCCAAGGACAUCCCCGGGCACCCUUCUCUACCCUACCCGGGAUCAGCAGGAUCUACACCCAGAAUGACACAGGGCAUCAGUAGCAGCCCUUUACCUCCUGGCGCUAUGGCUACAACAACGGCAGGGUAUCAAGGUAUAACGAGCGACCCUUCAGUAAACCACCACGCAAGAAGAAAUAUUCCUGGAAUGGGAGAUUCCGAUUACACUUCUACCAUAAUGGGCAUCAGCAUCCCCGUGGAUGGACAAUAUAUGACGCCUAAAGAUACAGCAAUGGAGAAUGCAGAUCUCUCCAUGAUGGAUGUGUCUUUUCAACCACCUGUGGAAGGAAGUGCUGCACAUAUGGAGAAGUCCGACCCGGCAACUGCUUUGAAUGCAGUGCUAUCGCGGGGCCCGCGUCCUCACCCGUCCACUCCCGAGUCGUCCGUCUCAAAUACGAUGAUGCCGAGCAAUGCCGCCACUGUCUUGAAUGGCCGGUCAAUGCCUCCAGGCGAUAAUGUGGAUAUACAUCAUCCUCGAAGGUCGGAUACUACAGAACGUCAGAUCGGAUCGACAGGCGAUAUUGAUGCCAUCUUCAAGGAUUUAGCAUAUCUCGACACCACCGAGUGGGCUAAUAGUCGUGAGGCUGCCUUGAAGGAUUUCGGGUUCAUUGAUGACAGCACAUUCCAGGCUUUCUGUCAUGAUCCUGACCGGCUUGCUGGGUCUCAGCCCUUGGUACACCCACCAUCGAUUGCCGAUAUCUGGCCACCCCCCGGCUUCUUCCCGGAAACGUUUCAGGAGACACCAGAGGACGCGAUGGAAGGAUGAUCGCUUGAGGUUGUCUGGGAGCAAAUUCUGGCCUUCGGCCUGAGCCUCGAUACAACGGGAGGUUUAUAAUCUUCCUUGGUUUCAACCUUUACGGGUAAGAAACGGUCGCGAUAGUCCCCUCCCCCUUGCCAUGUAUGUGUUGCUACGCCAACCGCCAGAUUCUAUGGCUAGCCCGAGCAACACCCGACUACCCUUUUCUCUUCUCCCUUGUUCCUUGUUGAUGAUACCCAAUGUAAGUAAGUGUACACUAAAACUUUCCGAAGCCAGCCAACAUUGGCCACGCGCUGAUACUGUCUCAGUCCAGAAAAUCUGAAAUGCAACAGGUAGUUUUAGG